AUGGCGAAACGUCGUGAAAGCAGAACAUCUCAAAAAUCGCAUGAAGAUGACCUUCGACUUGAAAAUGCACUAGAAGGUAAAGAACAACCGAUCUAUAAUGUUCCUCAACAAUACAAUGGCCUACCUGUAAUUAAUGUCCCCCAACGACGAUUUGGUCCUCCACCGAUCGAUAAGCAAUCGGAAGAAUACCGGGUUCAUCUCGAACAAAUGGAGUACAUCAACAAGCACAGUGAAUUAAAACCAAGAUUUGAUUCGAUGCUUACACAUCGUUUGAUGCAAACAGUUCACGGUGAUCAAAGACAUCCUCAACAUCCAUAUCAAGAUGUCUAUUUACUCACCUAUGAUCAAGCCUAUAUACAUGCGUUUUUGCUGUUGCAUGAAAACAGUCAUGAGCAUUAUACAUAUUUGAUCUGUCAUGGAAUUAGUCAUCAAAUCGAAGAUUUGAGCUCAAUCGCCGAUCGAUUUUUUCGUGAUUUCGGAAAUGUUCUAAUUAUCGACUAUCGAGGCUUCGGAAACUCUCCCGGAAAACAAUCCGAACGUGGUGCUUAUAUAGAUGUUCAAACAGCAUUCGAUUAUCUAUUAACAUUAGAUACGAUCGAUCGAAAACGAAUUGUAGUUUACGGUGUUAGUAUGGGUGUUGCUUUGGUUAUUCAACUGGCAACUGAACCACAUAAUUCCGAACGUAUUCAUGCGUGUAUCCUAGAAAACGGUUUUACAUCGUUUCAGGCUGCUGCAUCGGAAAGAUCUAUUGUAGCGAAACUAUUACCAUCGAGGGUAUUCUCUGUAGGAAUGCGAUCGAUUGAUAAAGUUCAUGAAUUUCAUGUACCUGUCAUGUAUUUAAUCGGCCUCAACGAUCGAAUGAUUCAUCCGAAGAACACAAAGCAACUUUAUGAAGCCACAGUCAAUUCAAAACAUUGUCGACUAGAGAUCUAUGCAGAUGCUGGACACACCAAUGUGAAAGAUAUGCCGGACUAUAUCAAGCGAUCGUAUCGGCCAUUUAUGAAAGCAGUGUGGAAAGUCCAUCAUCCCGAUGAUGCAAUUCCACAGCCACCCAUUUUAGUCAUUGAUCAUGGGAAAAGUCGAACUGUUAGCGUCGAUGACUAUUUAGACGAACAAGUGUAUCAUGUACCAUCAACAGAUCUUUCUUCAUGUUCAUUUCUUUUCUGUCAAAAAUAA